GCGUUAGUUCGAGAGGAGCUCAGCACUCUCUCCUGGCUCCUGAUCUGAGCUAUGUGCAGCCCACAGAUGGAAUUUGUAAUUUGCAGAGGGAGGGACAGGGAGAGAGAGAGAAAGUGAAAUGGAACAACAGGAUCUGCAUGGGGAAUGGUAGAGACAUCUGGUCCUCAUUUAUACUGGAUCUCUCUCUCUCUCCCUCCCUGACUGCUCGCGUGGAAAAGAGGCAACAGCAUAUCGCCACAUCCGUCCUGCCAUCAACUUUUCAAAGUUUGUGGGGGAAAAAGUUAAUUCUUUUUAUUUACCUAUAAAGGAAAAUAUUGCAAGAGGGAAGCCAGAAAGCAGAUUUUCAAGGAAAAAAAUUGACACCGACGUUUUCAGCUGGAGUCUAGGAAGUGAAUUGAGAUCAUAGCAUUCGCUAAGUGACACGGAAGGAAUGGCAUUAAUUAGAAAAAUUAAUCAAGGCUUGCUGUUCCUAGUCAUUCUGACAUUUUGCCUGGUUCUUUACAACAAAUUUCACAACAUGUCGCUGUACAAGGAGGAAUUAGCAGAAGAACCCGAAUCUCCAACUGUCCACAGUGCAAUCCAUACAAUGAAACAAAGUGAACUUGCUGCUCCAGAAAGUGUUAUACCAAUUAUAAUAUGCGCUGCAGAAGAUCGAUUGGGUGGAACGAUAGCAACAAUCAACAGUAUCUAUAGCAACACCAACGCCAAUAUCGUUUUCUACAUAAUUACACUGAGAGACUCCCUCAUUCAUAUUAGCAAAUGGAUUGAAAAUACAAAACUGAAAGGCAUCCACUACAAAGUAAUGGAAUUCAAUGCUGCCGUACUGCAGGGGAAAAUAAGACCAGACUCUGCAAGGCCCGAGCUACUGCAGCCCCUCAACUUUGUUCGAUACUUCAUUCCAUAUCUUAUUCGUGAUCACGAAAAGGUGAUAUACUUGGACGAUGAUGUUAUUGUACAAGGUGAUAUCCAGGACUUGUACGACUCUGAAUUGAACUCUGGCCACGCUGCUGCCUUCUCAACAGAUUGUGAUCUGACCUCAACUCAUGAGAUGGUUAGGAGCAUGGGAAUGCAGACCACAUACAUGGGACAUUUGGACUACCGGAAGGCAACAGUCAGAGGUCUGGGGAUAAAUCCCAUGACGUGUUCCUUUAACGUUGGUGUGUUUGUUGCGAAUGUUACAGAAUGGAAACGACAGCGGAUUACCAAGCAAUUGGAAAAAUGGCUGGUGUCCAACGUAGAGGAGAACCUGUACAGCAGUGCACUUGCUGAAGGAGUAGUGACCCCUCCUAUGUUAAUUGUAUUUCACGAAAAGCACUCUUUAUUGAACCCUUUAUGGCAUAUUCGGCACCUUGGCUGGAGUCCUGACGCCAGAUAUUCUGAACACUUCCUUUCUGAAGCUAAAUUACUACAUUGGAAUGGAAGGUUUAAACCCUGGGAUUAUCCCACUGCACAUGUGGAACUUUGGGAAAGAUGGUAUCUUCCUGAUCCAACAGGACGGUUUAGAUUGGUGCGACCCAACAAUUAAGAGCUUUAUCAUGUACAGAAUGUUCAUUUCUUUGUCCAAUUAAGUGUGCUUAUAGGCAUGCUGCAGUUUAAGUAAUCCACUCUCCAUACUUUUGUUUCUGUGAAUUAAAAGACAGCAGAACUUACUGCUAUGGAAUUGAGAUUUAGCUGACUAAGAAGAUAAUUAAAUAUUAUUCAGUGAAAAUAUUUCUACAUCAAAGUAAAAUGUAGUCCUGCACAAUAACAUUCACUACUUUCAGCAGCGGGAGUUUUUGUUAUAUUGUGGUAUAAUACAAACCAAUUUGCUAAAUAUUUUUCUACCUACUUAAUCUUUUUGAAUGACUGCAAAGAAGUCUUCAUAAUUGCUUUUCUGUGCUUGAGAGGUAAUGUUAUAAAGCAAUAUACUCUACAAAUGUGAAAAUUAUUAAAUCAGUUCUAAACAAUUCUUGCCUAACUUUCAAUAACACUUUUAUAAUUUAAAAAUGUAACAUUCUGGAUGUAUACCAUCCUAAAGAAGGAGAACAACCUUAAAUUUAGAGUUGGGGCCUUCAGGGAUGAUGUCAGGAAGCAUUUCCAGCAAAGAAUGACUAAAAAGAUAAUAAAAAGGCAGAAAGCAGAGUAUGCGAGAAAGCUAACAAGUAAUGUGAAAAGAUAGUAAAAGUUUCUACAAGUAUUUGAAUGGGAAAAGAGUAACUAAAAUUAGUGUUGGUCCUCUAGACAGAGUAUGGGGAAUUGAUAAUGGAAAACAAAAAAAUGGCAGAGAUAUUGAACAGGUAUUUUGUGUCUGUCUUCAUGGUAGGGGACUUGGAAAACUUCCCAAAGAUUCUUGAAAAUCAAGAGGUGAUAGGGAGAGAUGAACUUAAUACAGUCACCAUCACCAGGGAAAGGGUACUAGGAAAACUAUUAGGCCUAAAGGCUGACAAAUCCCCAGGACUGGAGGUCCUGCAUCCUAGGAUCUUAAAAGAAGUGGUGGCACAGAGAUGCAUUCUUAAGAUUGUGGAAAAGUUUCAGCAGAUUGGAAAAUGGCUAUGUAGCACCUUUAUUCAAAAAAGGAUGGAGGCAGAACACCGGAAACUAUAGGCUAAUGAGCCUAACAUAUGUCAUAGGGAAAGUGCUAGAAUCCAUUAUUAAGGAGGUUAUAGCAGGAUACUUGGAUAAUCACAAUUUGAUCAGGCAAAACCAACAUGGCUUUGUGAAAAGGAAAUUGUGUUUAACUAAUCUGGUAGAGUUUUUUGGGCAAAGUAACAUUCAAGGUGAAUAAAGGGGAGCGGUAAAAGUGGUGUGCUUGGAUUUCCAAAAGUCAUUUGAUAAGGUACCACAUCUAGGGUUACCACACAAGAGCACAUGGUGUAGGGGGCAAUGUAUUAGCAUGGAUAAAGAAUUGGUUGGCUAACAGGAAGCAGAGAGUAGGGAUAAAUGGGUCUUUUUUGGAUUGGCAAGCUGUAACUAGUGGAGUGUCACAGAGAUCAGUACUGGGUCCUCAACUACUUACCAUCAAUAUUAUUGACUUGGAUGAAGAGACCAAAUGUAUGGUAACUAAAUUUGCUGAUAACACCAGGACAGAUAGGAAAGUAAAUUCACAGAAUCACAGGAGGCCAUUCAGCCCAUCAUGUCUACACCAGCUCUCCAAAUGGGCACUAUGACCUAGUGCCAUUGCCUUGCCUUUUACCCCAUACCCUUGCACAUUGUUUCUAUUCAAAUAAUCAUCUAAUGCCCUGUUGAAUGCCUCGAUUGAACAAGGGCAGUUCCUUUCACCUCACUGAGUUCAGCUUUUUUGUCGAUGUUUGAACUAAGGCUGUAAUAAGGUCAGGAUCUGAGUGGCCCUGGUGGAACCCAAACUGAGCGUCAGUGAGCAGGUUAAUCCUAAGCAAAUGCCACUUUAUCGCACUGGUGAUGACCCCUUCCAUCACUUGUUCUAUCAUGUUGUGUUCAGAAACAUUUGUGAAGUAACUUUUGAGUGUAAAAUAAACUAUAACAACUAUUUAAUUCGA